AUGAACGAUACUCACGGUGCUACACCGCUACUGCAAAACUGCGAGCCUCUCGGUGGCUACAGCGCCAUCGCCACUGCUGAUGAACUGAACGAAACACGCACAGAGGAACACGACAGCCAGUCCGUCAGCCAAGAUGCACAGGCUGGUGUCCAGCAAGUCGAGGCCAUCGCCAUGGUGUGGACGCGGACUGACCUCAUCAUCGCCUAUAUCCUCAUCUGGAUCGUUUAUUUUGUCAUGCUGAUGCAGCAGAACACGGCGGCGGUUCUCUCUCCGUACAUCACCUCUGCUUUUCGAGACCACUCUCUGACCCCAACGGUGGGCAUCAUCAGCAGCAUCAUCGGCGGCGUGUGCAACUUGACAGUGGCCAAGAUCCUCGACAUCUUUGGCCGGCCUCAGGGCUAUGGCUUGUCUCUGCUCAUCGUAUCCGUCGGCCUCGUCAUGAUGGCCAUGACCACCAACGUUGAAAUGUACGCAGCAGCCCAGGUCUUUUGCACAGUAGGCAGCAGUGCCUUGCUCUACAGCGUCAACAUUUUUGUAUCCGACACAUCGUCUCUUCACAAUCGUGGCCUUAUGACUGCGCUGACUUCCUCACCCAACAUCAUUACGACGUGGCUCGGAGGGCCCAUCUCGCAGGCCUUUCUGAGCGGACCCGGUUGGCGGUGGUGUUUUGGCAUGUUUGCCAUCAUGAUCCCGACGCUGUGUUCCCCAUUGCUUGGUCUUUUGCUGUUCAAUUUCUACAAAGCCCGUCGACUAAAUCUCGUUGCACCGCAGAAACACGUGAGGACCUUGUGGCAGUCUGUCCAUCACUACUUUCACGAGUUUGACGCCUUUGGGCUGCUGCUAUUGACGAGCGGACUUGCAAUCAUUUUGCUACCGUUCAACUUGUAUGCGCUUCAGGCAGAUGGAUGGCAGUCGCCACUCAUUAUAGGCCUGCUGUCGUUUGGUAUUGCGCUUAUUGUUAGUUUUGUCCUCUGGGAGAGAUUUUGCGCACGCGUCACGUUUAUACCAUACUCUCUCCUUUUAGACCGCAACAUGGUCGGCUCUUGUAUCCUCGGUGCCGUUCUGUUCAUCAGCUAUUUUUGCUGGAACAGCUUCUUCAGCUCAUCGCUACAGGUAGUAAACAACCUUAGCGUCACUGAGGCGAGCUACAUUGUCCAGAUAUACGGCCUCGGCAGCAGCCUCUUUGCCAUCAUUGCUGGUCUAGGCAUCCGUUACACUGGACGAUUCAAGUUCGUCACCCUUUUCGGCGCCAUACCCAUCUACGCUCUGUUUAUGGGACUCAUGAACUACUUCCGCGAGCCUAACGGGAACAUUGGCUACAUUAUCGUUUGUCAGCUCUUUAUAUCAUUUGCCGCUGGAAUCAUCAUGAUUACUCCCGAAGUUGCCGCCUUGUCUAUCGCAAGUCACCAACACAUUGCCGUCAUCUUGGCCAUCGUGUCCAUGUUCUCUUCCAUAGGAGGGGCUAUAGGGUAUACCAUUGCUGGGCAAAUCUGGCAGUCGACUUUCCCCAACAAACUUGCGCUGUAUCUCCCGGAAGAGGAGCUACCCCAUCUAAUGGAUAUCUAUGGGUCGCUAGAGAUCCAACUAAGUUAUGCAGUUGGAACUCCAGCUCGGCUCGCCAUUCAGCAGGCUUAUGCCGAUGCACAAGCCAAAAUACAUGUUGCCGGGACUGCCAUUUGGGCUCUUGGGUUUGUCGCUGUGGCCAUUUGGCGAAAUACAGAUGUCAAGACGAUACAUCAGGUCAAGGGCAAUGUGAUCUAA